AUGGGCAGAGCGAUGGGCCAUGAGGGUGAGAGGUCUCGCACAGGUCAGAAGGGUGACACCCAGAAGAGCUAUAACUUCAGUUUUGACAAGGUGUUUGGGCCACAUGCCACUCGGAAGGAGGUCUUCGAGGAGAUCUCCUUGCUCAUCCAGUCUGCUCUGGAUGGCUACAAUGUCUGCUGCUUUGCCUACGGCCAAACGGGAAGCGGGGAGACGUACACAAUGGAGGGUGGAGAGUUGGAGGAGACACGGGGAGUUAUCCCUAGAGCAGUCCAGCAGAUUUUCAGAACAGCCAGUGUUCUCAAAGAACGGGGCUGGCAGUACACAUUUGUUGCAAGCUUUGUGGAGAUCUACAAUGAGAUGCUCAGGGAUCUUCUGUACAUGGGCAAGCCUAACAAGAGGCCAGAGCAUGAGAUCAAGAAGAUCUCUGCAACCGAAAUCACGGUCACCAAUCUGACCUACCAGAAAGUGACAACUGAGGAUGAGGUGCGCACCCUGAUCGAGCUGGCCAACAUGAAGGAUUACUCCUCCCGCUCUCACUCUGUGUUUCAGUUGGACAUUGAGGGCGAAAAUGCUGACGGAGGUCUAAAGAGCAAAUCCUCCCUGUGCCUGAUUGAUUGACCUGGCUGGCAG